CUUAAUUUGUGGUGCUAACCAGACCGUCCCAUCCCACCACCCCGUCCUGCUCUUCUUCUCAUAGGUGGUGAGACAAACAAAAAGCCAAGAUGUCUGAACAUAAAAAGAUGAGCUCCAGUCGGAAGCACAACCUGAAGAGCUUGAUGCUCUCGGUUGCUAAGAAGCUCCUGGAGACUGAGAAAAGCCAGUAUGAAGCAAACAAAGCAAAGCACUUGGCAGACAACUGCCCUCCUCUCUCGCUGCCUUCCUCCCUGCAAGAGCUUCAGGAAGUUUGCAAAAAGCUGCAUCAGCAGAUCGAUAAGGUUGAUGAGGAGAGAUAUGAUUUGGAAUCCAAAGUCAGCAAGGGUGUCAAGGAGAUCGAAGACCUGAAGAUCAAGGUGAUUGACCUGAAGGGCAAGUUCAAGAAGCCGGCUCUGAGGAGAGUGCGCAUGUCCGCUGAUGCUAUGCUCCAGGCUCUGUUGGGCUCCAAGCACAAGGUGUCUAUGGAUCUGAGGGCCAACCUGAAACAAGUGAAGAAGGAGGUCAAGGAGGAGCCACUGGAAGCCGUCGGCGACUGGCGCAAGAACAUCGAGGACAAGGCUGGCAUGGAUGGCAGGAAGAAGAUGUUUGAGACUGAGGGUUAAGCGGACUGUCUUUGCUGGGCUUCCCUUUGGGUUCGAGCUGCUUGCUUUCAAACAGACUCUCUGAGUAAAUGAUAUCUUGUUUGCAUACUGGCAUCUCUUGGAGCCCCUCAAGGUAGUCAGUAUCUUUUAGAUUUGCUUGUCUCGUCUCAGAUUUGUAACAGCUGUACUGGUGAGAAACAUGUAACAGUGCCAAGCUGACUUUACUAAAUAAAUUAUUUAAAAGAAAGUCCCA